AUGCCUUUGGAGAGUACUGCCUAUGAGUCAGGUUCUGAAGCAGCAGGAGUGCUAGGUUUCCAGAAUGGAGUGUUGGGAGAGUUGAUGAGAGUUCUAUCGAUGGUGGAGAGAUACUAUCCAAAGAGUGUUCUGCCUAGCUGUCUUGUACUCAAUUUGCAUCUGCUUCUGGACAUACUCAGCAAGGGAAUCAGUGUGUCAAACUUUAUCCUCUGGGGAGAGGACCAGGUCAAUAGGUCAACUGCUGCUGCUGCUGCUGCUGCUGCUGCUUGCCAGUAUCUGUCUUUAUUGCUGUCAUUGGCAAAGAAUAUGUCAUCAGUUCUGACAAUACCUGUUCUUCCUCUCUUGCUGUUGGAAUCUAUGGCCAUCAUUUGGGAAGAGGUUGAAGUGGGUAUUGGUGCUGCAUUUCUUCUCCAGGACAUUGUGAAGUGUCUAAUAGCCCAGACAGUGAUUGAUUGGCAUCCAUAG